CGCUCACUCCCUCCUUCACAGCCCGAGCAGCCUCCCGCCACCCGUGCACCUCUCCCUCCGCCCUCGGCUGCGCUCGGCUCCCGCAGGCGCUCGGCCCUGCGCCCUCGGUCCCCUCCCCGUCCGCCCGACAGAGAGAGCCAAUGGCAGGGUGCACCGUCCUCAGGGUCCCCAUGCUGUUCCUGAUCCUCCUGCUAUUCCCAGAGCUCUACACGGCAGGCACCCACUCAUCUGGAUCCUCUGCCCGGAACCUGCCCGAAACCCACUCCCACCUCCUCGGCUCUGCACUGCGGGUGCCUCGGGCAAGCCAUCAUGGCCGCCGGGGCCUGGGGAAGAAGGACAGGGGCCCAGGCAGGCCUAGCCGGGCCCAGGAGGAGGCUGUGGCCUCCGCCACCAGGCAGGCUUCCCAGAUGACACUUGGACAGCCCCCUGCUGGUCUUCUGCAGAACAAGGAGCUGCUCCUGGGGCUGGCAUUGCCCUACCCCGAGAAGGAGGCCCGGUCUCCCGGUUGGGAGAGGGUAAAGAAACGCGGCAGAGAACACAAGAGGCGCAGGGACCGUCUGCGACUGCACCGAGGCCGAGCUGCCAUCCGUGGCCCCAGCUCCCUAAUGAAGAAGGUGGAACCCCCUGAAGACCGGAUGCUGGAGGGCGCCAUGGAGGAGUCUUCCACUAGCCUGGCCCCCACCAUGUUCUUCCUAACCACGGCAGACGGUGCCACGCCUACUACAGAAGAGUCCCGGAUCCUGCCUGUCACCUCCCUGCGGCCCCAGACACAGCCCAAGUCUGAUGGGGAGGUGAUGCCCACACUGGACAUGGCCUUAUUUGACUGGACGGAUUAUGAAGACUUAAAGCCAGAGGUCUGGCCUUCUGCGAAGAAGAAAGAGAAACACUGGAGUCAUUUUACCAGUGAUGGUAACGAGACAUCACCAGCUGAGGGGGAACCAUGCGACCAUCACCAGGAUUGCGUGCCAGGAAGUUGCUGUGACCUCCGGGAACAUCUCUGCACACCCCACAACCGCGGCCUCAACAACAAAUGUUUUGAUGACUGCAUGUGCAUGGAAGGGCUGCGUUGCUAUGCCAAAUUCCACCGGAACCGCAGGGUCACUCGGAGGAAGGGGCGCUGCGUGGAACCUGAGACAGCCAACGGGGACCAGGGAUCUUUCAUCAACAUCUAGCGCCCUAGUGGUGCCUCCCCACGGGCUCGGGGUCUGAGCCAGGGUGAUUUAGGACAAACAGGACCGUGUUAGUAACUAGCUCAGCUUGGGGCUGAGUAGGGAACCGAGGGCUGCGGCUGCAGGUGCAGGCCCUGUACACUCAACCACAAGCUGGAAGGGCAGCUUGGCGGAGAGCGGAGAGCAGUGCGCCUGCGCCUGCCUGCCCGCAGCCCGGGGCGGGACCCCACCUACUCACUGAUCCUGCUCACCCGGUGGCUUUGUGUAGUGCACCCUCUUCUGCUCGACACCAGCAUUGCAGCAGUUUCAAUUUGUGAAAUCAAGAAGCUUCCUUGACUUGAGUUGGAAAGAGAGGGGACACCUGACAGUCUGACAGUCGACAGUCGUGGGUCUGGAAUGCUAUGUCGCAGGCAAACGCCAAGCACCACAUGGAUUUUUACUGAAUUUCCACGGAGCCCGUGGAUAAGCGACUAUUGACGCGCACCUGAGGUGAGUGAUCCCUUGUGCAGGAUCUGACAUCAUCCAUGAUCCUCCAGUUUUGGCAGCAGAGACAGCUUGACUUGACCGUCCUCAGACUUUGCUAAGAGAGACUUUUUGAUGGACCGAGUCUCACUUUUUGGCCAAGCUGGCAACUCAGACAAUCCUCCUGCCUCUGCCUUCCAAAUGCUGGGUCAGCAUAUUUGGCAGGUGUAUCUUCCUUAAAAACAAAACAUGAAGGCUGGGGUUGUGGCUACGUUUGUAACAUGCUUGUAUGAAUCUCGCCUGGGCUGGGCUUCUUCAAUUAGUGUGAGGCCAGGCUACCGGAGACUGUAUCUCAAGCAAAACAAAAUAAGCUGUUUGCCUAACCUACACAGGGCCCUGGGCUUGGUCCCACUCCGUUUCCCCCUUUCCUUGCUUCUUUCCCUCAGCUCCUACACAGGGCACCUGUUUUCAAGUGAAGAAUAAUCCCCGUGGCUGGGUCCUUGCCUGUGACAGGUGCUAAUCACAGUAUGAAUAGGGAAAACAGUAACUUUCCCCCGUGCCCAUCCAUCCAGAUCACCCAGUCCUGGGAGGCCGGGCCACUCCCUCCUAAGCUGUCCUCAGACUCACAUGUCCCCAUGUGCUCAACAGACAGACCGAUUAAUGAUUCCCAACCUCCCUGACACUCCAUCCCUCUAUGUAGGCAGCAAUGCCCCUUGGGAAGUGGGGCCACCUCUGAGUCUGGGGUACAGUGUGAGAAACCCCUACAGCCUAGAACUGUGAUGACAAGCCCACCAUUACCAUUACUACUCAGAACAUGUCCCAGCAGAUCUGGCUUCAGGAGAACCCUUUAGAUCCCUGCGCCUGGCAUCUACCCCCGGUCAACUUUUGUAAAGGACAAAAGCCUUCCCAGGCCAAGCCCUCCUCAGCCUGGACCACAUCCAUGGGAUGCCGGGGCUGUUUACUGCUUUGGGGUAACCAGUCUGGUCCAGGGGUCAGGCACCAAGGAAAGCAGACAGAUCUAGAAGAAACCAAAUAUGCUUGUUGUUCUUUCCAAGUUGGGUCUGAUAGGCCUGGGAAUGGGGCAGGGCCAGGAGCUGGAAGGAUCAAGGCAGUGAUGGGAAAGCAAGUCCUAAUACAGAUUUAUUUUCCUUUUUGUAGUACCAGGGCCUUGCAUGGGCCAGGAAAGUGCUCUACUACUGAGCUACAUGCUAACUGGCCUGGGCCUCAAAAUCUCCAAAGUGCCCCGGGGGGCUGCCUUGGCAGCCAAGACAAGACUGUUGGUCCCCUGUCCUCUCGCCUACUCCAGUAAAGAGCCUGUUCUGCCUCUCCUGCUUUGCUGACCUUAGGGAAGUUACUUAAGGUCUCUGUGCCUUGACUUUUCAUCUUUGAAAUGUAAGUGCCUGGUUCUUACCAGGUUCUGGCCCAUAAAAUACACACACACACACACACACACACACACACACACACACACGCAUGCACACACACAUCAUACACAUACAUGCACACACAUGUGCACAUACACAUCAUACAUGUGCACACGCACAUCACACAUGUGCACACGCACGCACAUGCACACACACACGCCUAGAGUGCCAGCUAACAAGCUUCAAGAAGCCUUCUCUUCCACAGUGAUCCAUCACAUACCCAGUGAUUUUUUUUAAAAAAUGAUGUUCCACUAUACAGCCCUAGCUGACCUGAAACUCAUAAUGUAGACCAGCUUGGCUUAGCCCGGAACUCACAGAGAUCUGCCUGCCUCUGCCUUUCCUGUGCUGGGGUCAAAGGUGUGCACCACCAGGCACAGUUCAGGAUGCUUUCUUUGGUUUCUCCAAAGUACAUUAAUCCCAGCACUCGGGAGACAGAGGUGGGCAAAUCUCUGUGAGUUCAAAGCCAGGUUGGUCUACAUAGAGAGUUCUAAGGCAGCCAGGGCUAUGUAGAGAGACCCUGCCUCAAAAAACAAAACAAAAAUCAAACUAACAAGAACAACAACAAAAAGAAAAACCCCCCAAAGUGUACGUCACAAAGCAAAGCAACUGCGCUGGAGGAGCAUUUAGAUUCCUGCGCUGAGGCAGGGUGGAAGAGCUUGUGACUACGCAGGAUCAGGUUUGUGUGUGUGAAAGGGGACGCUGGUGGAGAACUGAGCAGGGUGAGACAGGCCCCUGAGCUGAAGCCUCAAGAACGCUCUGACAGAUCCCCAUUGUCCCCAGACAGGGAUGAUUUUUCUGGGCUUUGUCUGGAGAUAGACAGGGUUGUUCUCCUGGUUGGUGGAAAAGGACUGAGAGUCAGUCCUACAACCUGACAAACUUUAGAGGAAAAUGACAGCUUUGCCUGCCCUUUGGGGAGGUCAGAUUCCAAGGCCACACCCCUUCUGCUGAGGAGUUGCAUCGGGAGUCCUCCCCCAAGCCUCCUCAGGUCUUCUCCAGGCGCCCUCUGUAGCUGCCUACAAUGAGCAUCUAUGGGACCUACAAGGAUGGUGUUUAGAAACCAGGAGCCCUGGGUGCCAGAAAAGCGGAGUCUUGAGGGGCCAACAGCUGAGGCUCCCUUUUGAGGGUUCUUGGGUCUGGAUGACAUUAAUUCUGGCCCUCCAUGACAGCUUUCAUGCUCACAGACUGUAGUGAGUGUGUACAUACAUACAGGCCAUGUCAACUGUGUGGACACAGAAAAUGGGAGAUCGGGGUGAACGGGCUGCGUGCAGAACCGGCUGUGUGCAGGGAGUGAGGUUUCCAAGUCUCAAGGAAGAGCAGGUGACCUGGGACGGAUCCAUGGCCAAGCCCCUUCUUGUUACAAAGGCCCAGCAUUGCCUGAGUAUCUGGUAGAAUCACAGAGGCACCCUCCAGCCUUUCCUAGGCUACCUCUACAGGUACUAACAAGAAUCAUCUACAUAAACUACAAGAAAUAUGUUUAGAAAGCAAAGGACCAGGAGCCCUGGGUGCCAGGAAUGUGGGUCCUACUCCACAUCCACUGAAGCACAGCCACAGGGGUACCCCCUUCCCCACUCCUGGCAUCUGGUUUCUAAUACAAUCUCCAGGUUGCUCUUGUGUGUGAUGGGGUGUCACAGGUCCAGGAUACAGGUGGAAGACAGAUGCUAGGAGCGGGGCAGUCAUUUGGACGGUUCAGAACUGUUACAUUCACUGUGGCUUGGCAAUUCUGAGGUCUGUUUCCUGGCAAGUGAGCAGCAGGGGCAAACUCCACCAUCCAAGGCCUGUCUUCUGGGCUGCUGGCUCUGGUUAGAGGACACUAGUGGGGCUGGAGAGAUGGCGCAGUGGUUAAGAGCACCGAAUAGUCUUCCAAAGGCACCCACGUAGUCUCACAACUGUCUAUAACUUCAAGAUCUGACACCCUCACCCAGACAUACAUGCAGGCAAAACAUCAAUGCACAUGAAAUAAAAAAAAAUAAUAACAUUUUAGAGGACAGCAGGUAGGGGCUCCUAGACCCGGACCUCUAUGGUUCCUUCGAGGGCUGUAGCUCCUCUUUGGGAUGUAGGAGCAUCAGGGGAGGGGGUGCUACUCCUUGGUUUAUAAUGCCUCCUUGCAUGGAUUCUCCAAGCUGUAAAUAAAGAGGUGACAGUUGCUAAGCCA